UGCAUUGCUGGUUGAAGUUCGCUGACCUAGUUUUAGGACAGAAGACGUGUUGUUGACACCGAAACUUUUUUGUGCGACAUUACAAAAAUGGCAGAGGGAAAACCUGAGAGAGUUGUUUUAAUUGCUAUGGAUGGCAGUGAAUAUUCGGACUAUGCAUUUGAAUGGUACUGGGGUAACAUCCACAAAGAUAAUGAUAGAGUGAUCCUGCUUCAUGUCCCUGAGUAUCACACUGUUGUACAGUCUCGUGGGAUGAAUAUCCCUCCAUUUGGAAGUGCAAUGGUGAUGGCUGAUGUUACUGUGAUCACAGAGAUGUUGGAGGAGGAAGAGAAGAGAGUGAAGAAAUUUCUCGAGUCACUCGGUCAAAAACUCAAGGAUAAAAAGGUUGGCGGCAAGGUGAAAAGUGUUGGUGGAAACCCAGGUGAGGUAAUCUGUAAAGUGGCCACUGACGAACAUGCCAAUAUGAUCGUAACAGGAACCAGGGGUAUGGGUAAAAUCAGACGUACAUUCCUCGGUAGCAUUAGCGACUACAUUAUCCAUCAUGCUCAUGUACCUGUGCUCGUUGCCAGACACAAAGACCAUCAGGAACAGCAUUGAAAUGAACAUCUCUGAUUGGCUGAUAUAAAUAGUAACAUGUGGUCAUCAGUCUAUUUCAUGAAAAUUUUGUAGAAUGUUAGUGAAAAUGUUGAGGUUUACUGUUUGAAUUUCAAGUUUUUGGAUCUUUUCUCUGUUAAGCAGAAAUAUGUUUGUAUUUCAUUUUUAAUAUAUAAAUGAUUAUGAUUUUCACAUCUUAACAUGUUUAAUAUGUAAAGUGCCAGUCAAAUUAUAUUAGAGGGUAUUAAAAAAACUUACUUAAUGAAAAGUGUAGCAAAAUCUUGUUAGAUUAUUAUGUAUGUACAUGGUUGCUUUGAAACACAUUUAAAGAUAUAAGACAUUCGGUAAAGUUUCAGAAGAAAGAAAAUCAGUUUGAAACCUGAUUAGAUCUGACGAAAAAUAGGUUUCCACAAGUAAUAAAUUAUAUAUGCACACCUGCAUCCCAAAAUAAAAACAUUUAUGUUGACUGAUCAGAAAUUUUGUUGAUUUCAUUUGUGUCUUAUUUACUUAAUGGCCUUUAAUUUCUUCUAAACUCUGAAAAUCCUCUCUUGUCAGAUAGAAAAAAAGACUAUAUUACAUAAAAAAACAACACCAAAUGUAAACAGAUUAAAUCUAAAAUGUUAAAAAAGCCACAAUAGAUCUGUAACUUUUUCCUUUUAAAAUUACAUUUCCUUCCUGGCAUUUUGCUAUGCCUGUAUGGAGAGUCGUUGACAAAAACAUAUUAUAGUUGAAGGACGUACGCUAGAAUUCAGGGCGAAAUUUUCCCCAAUAAUAGAAUUUCUUCAAACUUCAGAUAUUGAAGGACAAUCUUCUAAGAAACAAAAAUAUACAAUAAAAAUUGUAGGUCACCAGUAUUGAAAAAAAUUUUUAUCUGCCCUUGGAAUUGGCAUUUUCACCAAAUAUUGUAUUGUAAAAUCUGCAGUGGCACAAAUUUAAAACAAAAAAACUAUGAUCAUCUUUAAUUGACAGCUGACACAUUUUAAAAUAAUUGUUUAGGCAGCAAUAAUUAGUUUUGGCCUAAGAGUGACAUUGUACAACUUUCUUUUGUUAGAUUGCAUCCUGUAUUAAUAAAUAUUUACCUUCAUAUUUAUUUGUAUAAUUAUGUCUAUAUAUAUUUUAUAACACACAAAUAUAGAAAUGUAUCCAAAUGAAAAAACAAUAGUUUGUGCAUUUUAUUCAGAACUUAUUUGUGAUUAUAUGUGAUGUUUUUUCUUUGGGAUCAAUUUUUGGUUUAGUCAAGUUUUUCCUAUAUAGUUCUGUCUUCCACUUUUUUUAGUACAUUUAGGUAUUUAUUAGUGUCUUACUCAUUAUGGGAUCUAAAAUUUCAUGUACUUUUUCUCUAUUUUCAUAUAGUGAAUGUAUUUUCCUCACUUUUUUUCCACAACCAGUGUUCCAGCAAGAGCACUUUACUACACACUAUACAACAUUCCUGAGCAUGUUACCUUUACAUUUGUAGCAAAGAUCUGAAAAUCAUGUUUAUCAUAUAACUCACCUGAUAAUUGGUACAUGUAUUUCAAUUAGAUAAACCAAAAAUAUAAGAAAGUGAUACCCUUCAAAAGAUGUUAACUGAUAAAAUUAUCUUACAUGGAUAUUUCAAUUUUGAUUUCUGCAAAGAAGAUAUUUUAAGUCGUUUUUAAUUUGGUACAGGAGUCCCAUAUAGCUAUCUUUUAAUUGAUUUAGUUUUUCUCCUCUGUUAAAUAAGACCUCAUUAAAAAUGGAGAUGUGAAGGGUAUUAUGUAUAAUUUAGUCAUAGCCUCUACUCGGUCUAAACAGCUGAUUGCAUGUAUUGACAUGUUGCCAUUUGACUGAGGCACAAUAUGGAUAGCUGAAUAUGGAGCUCUAUGUAUAGAUCUAAUGUAUAAUUCAUUUACAGUUGUGUAAGUUCAGUUAGUUCAUCACAAGUAUUAUUACUGCCAUGUAAUUGUGAAGUCCCAUUCAAGAGCAUGUGUUUAUAUAUUAGUUAACAUACUGUCAAUGUCAAUGCAUAUAUUAAAUACAUGAUGUACCUUUAUAACUUUUUGUCCCAGAAAGUAUUAACAUUACGGCAUGUGUCUGCACAUUUAUGAAGUAAUAUUUUUACUGUUUGUCCCAGCCAUUAAUCAUUUUUAUCAAGAUAACGGGAAAUUCAAUCAAUAGGUAAUGUUGUUUAUGUAAUGCAUGGUAGGAAAAAACAUCACUGAAUGAACCUCUAAGGGUAUAUGGAGCAUGUUACAUAAAUGUCAUUUCAUACAAGUUGAAUAAAAGAAUAAAAUUGGGCAUUUUGUCAUUCAGUACGUUUAAUAGAUACAGUGUAGAAAGACAUGAAUGUAAUAUUGUUUUUACCACAUUUUAGCUUUUCUGGCUGAAACAUUGUAAAACUGUUUCUUUACCUUCUAAAGACAAGGUGAAUUCCACCAAUGUCUCCUAUUCUUACAACGUCCGUGUCAAAAUGUUGUUACAAUAGUAAAAUAUACCAUAAUUAUGUAAUGGCUUUAUUUCACUCCCAUGUGAUGAAAUAAUACAUUGCCGAGUUACGUUUUCUGCAAAAAUGUACUCUCGUGUUUAUAUUGUCCUGUGUUGUAGAAUAGGGACAAAGAAAACAUAUUAUGCCUGCAGCAGCAGAUAUUUUCUUCAUAUCAGUCUUUUUGAUUCUUUUGCAGAAUAUUAAAUAAAAAACUACUUAUCAACAAAACAAAACAGAAACUGGAAAGUUCAUGUUAAAAUUGAGCAGAGUCGAAAGCCAGUUGAUCUAUAUAUGUGUAUUUUCUAGUCAGUAAAUCACAACAAAAUUAUAAUGUCUAGCAUAAUAGUUAAAGAAUCUGUUGUUAAUAUUUUGGGGUUCAUUUUUGGAAGGUAUAGAUCUACUCACAGAUUUUCUGAUGGUUCAGAGGUUUAGAAACAGAGGUUAACCCUUGGAGCAAAGUGUAAGAAUGAAUAGUAAAUUUUGUCGGUCUGUCAGUCUGUCAGUCUGUCGGUCUGUCAGUCUGUCUGUCCGCAAUUUUCGUGUCCGGUCCAUAUCUUUGUCAUCGAUAGAUGGAUUUUCAAAUAACUUGGCAUGAAUGUGUACCACAGUAAGACGACGUGUCGCGUGCAAGACCCAGGUCCGUAGCUCAAAGGUCAAGGUCACACUUAGACGUUAAAGGUCAUUUUUCAUGAUACUGCAUUCGUGUCCGGUCCAUAUCUUUGUCAUAGAUGGAUGGAUUUUCAAAUAACUUGCCAUGAAUGUGUACCACAGUAAGACGAUGUGUCGCGCGCAAGACCCAGGUCUGUAGCUCAAAGGUCAAGGUCACACUUAGACGUUAAAGGUCAUUUUUCAUGAUACUGCAUUCGUGUCUGGUCAAUAUCUUUGUCAUCCAUGGAUGGAUUUUCAAAUAACUUGGCAUGAAUGUGUACCACAGUAAGACGAUGUGUCGCGCGCAAGACCCAGGUCCGUAGCUCAAAGGUCAAGGUCACACUUAGACGUUUAAGGUCAUUUUUCAUGAUAGUGCAUUCGUGUCCGGUCCAUAUCUUUGUCAUCGAUGGAUGGAUUUUCAAAUAACUUGGCAUGAAUGUGUACCACAGUAAGACGAUGUGUCGCGCUCAAGACCCAGGUCCGUAGGUCAAAGGUCCUAAACUCUAACAUCGGCCAUAACUAUUCAUUCAGAGUGCCAUCGGGGGCAUGUGUCAUCCUAUGGAGACAGCUUUUGUUUUUAACACAACUUUUGAACUUUUGCGGGUUUUUUUCAAACACACCAGUAUGAUAUAUUAUGUCCCAAUUGGUUUUAUGCUACAUUUAUGCUAAAUAGAAAGUGUCAUUAUAUAUAUAUAUAUAACUACUUGCAUUAAUAUUUUGUGUUUAAUGGGUUUAUGUUUAAUGAAUUGUCCGAUCAAAUUUCGGAACUGAUCCAGUUAAUGUUAAUGAUGAGAAAUGAGUGCUAUUUUGAAUAUUAACCCUUACCCUGCUAUAUUUCUAUAAUGGACUGGUCCAUCUUUCAUUUUGGACAGUACCACUUAUUACUCAAAGGGGUUUUCACUGAAAAUUUACUGACAGAAUAGCGAACAGUGCAGACCAUGAUCAGACUGCACGGAUGUGCAGGCUGAUCUUGGUCUGCACUGGUCGCAAAGGCAGAAUCAUCUGCCGCCAGCAGGCUAAGGGUUAAUAGGAAGUUUUAAUUUGUGUGAUGAAUAGCUUUAUAUCUUCUAAAUGUAACAUUCACUUGUUGGAUAAUAUCACAAGCAAAUACAGGCAAGGUUGUGACUUGAUACAAAUAUGAAAAUUAAACAGUAAAGAUUGUAAAAAAACUCUGUAUUUAUACAGUCUGGUGUACAACUCAGUGGGUUCCCAUUGUGGCAGCUGUUCAAUGGCAAUAAAGCAUAUUGUCACAGAAAGAAAUAAAAGUAAUAUACUUUUGAAGUACAUGAAAUUGAUUUUGUACUUUGAAUUUGUCUUAAGGAGGUAGGUUACCUUCAUAUUUGUAUGUGCGCAUGUCCAACCGGAAGCUACCGUGACGAUUUACGACGACGUUUACGACAAAUUAAAUGUGUUUGUAUAUUCAUUCUCCUGAAAACAAAUCAUGAACCUGCCUCCGAUCUGAUACUUUAUGGUUUAAUAAUGCAGAAAUAAUGAAUCAAUUGCCGCAGAGACGCUUCAAAACAAUGUUGCCUUCAAAUGACGUCAUUGACGUCAUGACGUUACGUGUCAGUUACCGCGCAAAAUUAAUAGCUUUUAUCUUGGAAGUGCCCGCCCGCUUAGCUCAAUAGGUAAGAGCGUUGGUCUACGGAUCUCGGGGUCGCGAGUUCGAUCCUCGGGCGGGGCGUAUGUUCUCCGUGACUAUUUGAUAAACGACAUUGUGUCUGAUAUCAUUAGUCCUCCACCUCUGAUUCAUGUGGGGAAGUUGGCAGUUACUUGCGGAGAACAGGUUUGUACUGGUACAGAAUCCAGGAACACUGGUUAGGUUAACUGCCCGCCGUUACAUGACUGAAAUACUGUUGAAAAACGGCGUUAAACCCAAAACAAACAAACAAACAAAAUUUAUCUUGGAAGUACCUAAUUCUGUGCAUUUUCCUUAUUUUAACUAUCUUCAAAUAACAAAUAUUUGCUGAAAUAUUUGUUAUGAAUCUUUUGCUCUGAAUAAUCAUCAAUAUUUUGCUUCUUUUAUGUAGUUAUAUUGAAACGUUAUGCAGAUUGUAAGAAAAUGGAUGAUGGUAACCAAUGUUAUUUGGAAUAUAGUUGGAUGAAAGGUUACUUGUAACGGCCAUUUUCAAAUAAAAAAUCUAGCAGUUUGAUUUGUAAUACCUAUUUUUCAGGUUCCGUUGAUAAUUUGUUACUUAUAUACUAAAAAUAAGAUCUAAAACUGUUCAGAUUUCAGUAGAAAAAUGUGGUUCCUUAAAUUUGAUUGAUUUUACCAUGGAAACGAAGCCCGUGACCUAUGUAUCUAAAUGUAAAAUUCAAAAGCGUUGACACUGGUCUUUUUAAGAAACACAACUUCGGCUUUUUAUUUUCAUUUCAACAAUAUCCAUUAGAAUAAUAUCAGCAUGGUGAACGAUUUUUCCAUGAAAAAUGCCAGGCGAGGGGUACUGCUGUAUGUAUUCUAAGCUGUGAAAUUUGUUUGAAUCAAUGCAGAUAACAAGAAAAUAUAACUUACGUUAGAAAUAAAAUGUUUUAAAGCUACAUUAACUAGAAAGAUAAUCUUCUUCAAUAUUUUUUAUAAGAAAUUACGACAAAAAGCAAGAUAUAAGCUAUUUUAAACAUCUCUGUUGCCAUGGUUACUGUAAACUUUAUGAAAAAUAGGGUACCAUGUAAAGUGCAUGGUAUUUUGCUUAUAAUAUUUCCCAAAUAUUCCAUGUUAGUCAUUAACAGAAUGCCACUUAAGCCGUCGAAAACCCCUACUUUUAUACAUAGUUGUUUAAAAAUGAGAGAAAAUGCGUUACCAUGGAAACACGAGCCCCGCGACAUAUGCAUUUAAAGCUUAUAUUAGAAAGCUAACGUGCAUACUAGUAAAAUUAUCAAUUAUGCAGACUUCUACGGAUAUCAAUGAAACUAAAAUACACUGAAAAGUGUUAAAUAUCCGUAUUUUCCGUCUUCUUUUAAUAUGAAAUACCUUUAGAGGGUCAUGUUCUUCAAACCUAGAUAAAAAUUGAAUUUGAAGAUACAGAGACAAACGAAAUUGAGAUUGUAGCAGGUAAAACUUCAUAUUACACGAAAUACAAACAAAUGCUGCGGUUAAACUAACUUGAAUUUACCCUUGUAACAAGGUAACCUACCUCCUUAAUGUACCAUCUGUUUGUUCGUAUUGGUUUUAUUUGAGAAAAAUGUUUGUUAAUGAAUUGUGCCAUAGAUAAGAUUAAGUUUUAUAGUUCAUUAAAAGUCACCAGCACACAUUAAUCUCGUGGAUUUGUGCAGUAUAUACUGUGUCAUACAGCUGUUAUACUUCACAGGGAUCCCUGUCUUACUGCGAGCUUUUUCAUUGUAUUGGUGAUAUUUUAAUUAAUAUCUAAAAGGGAUCCUUGCCAAAGUUAUUUUAGAGCAUGGUCUAAGUAAAAAGUAAGUGUUUUUUUUCUUACAAAUGUAUUAUUGGUGCAUUGUAUACAGGUGAAAUAAAUCCUUAUAAAUUUUA